CGGCUCACGUUGACUGGUAAUCAUCUUCUUCUCCUCCAUUGUCUGAACUCUAAAAAUCACUUAAUACAAAGAAUAACCUAUAAAUAAAAACAGUUUUUCAUUUUCUUUUUCUAUUCUGGUUAUGUAACGACGAGAAAAUCAUGUCAUCGAUGAUUGAAACUCUAAGGCCGAUAACGCAUACAAAAUUUCACUGUUCUAAUGGUUUCUCCUUCUUGCGCUGCAAGUCUAGGGUUUUUCUCCACCACAAUUCUCAUCGUUUUGUUCCGAAUCCGGCGUCGUUUUCUCCAGUAGUUCUCCCCAAAACCCUAGGCAAUAAUAAAGGAUCGAGUCUUUGGAACCAGAAGAUAAGAGAGUAUAGAAUUUUAGCUAAUUGUCAAGAUAGUGAUUCAACGGCCAGUCCAAGCGAGAACAGAAGCGAAAGCGAAGGGCAAAAAGUGAGUAACAAUCCGCCAAAUUCAGGGCCUAAACAGAGGAAAGGGAAAAGUCAAUGGUGGUGGUCAAAGAAACAAAGCUGGAAAUGGCAACCGUUGAUUCAAGCGCAAGAGAUUGGUGUUUUGCUUUUGCAAUUAGGGAUUGUUAUGUUUGUUAUGCGGUUGCUCCGGCCUGGUAUACCUUUACCCGGGUCGGAGCCAAGACAACCGACGACUUUUAUUAGUGUGCCGUAUAGUGAGUUUUUGAGCAAGAUUAAUAGUAAUCAAGUGCAGAAAGUGGAGGUUGAUGGUGUACAUAUUAUGUUCAAAUUGAAAAAUGAAGUGGUUAACAGUUAUCAGGAGAGUAGUAACAGUGAAGUAGUUAAUAGUAAGUUUCAGGAUUCGGAGUCCUUGUUGAGGAGUGUUGCGCCUACUACUAAGAGGAUUGUUUAUACAACUACUAGGCCUACUGAUAUUAAGACUCCUUAUGAGAAAAUGCUUGAUAAUCAGGUUGAGUUUGGAUCGCCUGAUAAGAGGUCUGGUGGAUUCUUCAACUCCGCUUUGAUAGCUUUGUUCUAUGUGGCUGUGCUUGCAGGGCUUCUUCACCGUUUCCCUGUUAGCUUUUCUCAGCAUACGGCUGGUCAAAUUAGGAACCGCAAGUCUGGGGGCUCUAGAGGUGCAAAAGUGUCUGAGCAAGGAGAAACAAUUACUUUUGCUGAUGUUGCUGGAGUAGAUGAGGCUAAAGAAGAGCUGGAAGAGAUUGUGGAAUUUCUUAGGAAUCCAGACAGGUAUAUAAGGCUUGGUGCUCGGCCUCCUCGAGGUGUUCUCUUGGUGGGUCUUCCUGGGACUGGUAAGACUCUUCUUGCAAAGGCUGUUGCUGGAGAAGCUGAAGUGCCAUUUAUUAGUUGUUCUGCAAGUGAAUUUGUAGAGUUGUAUGUUGGCAUGGGUGCCUCCCGUGUAAGAGAUCUAUUUGCCCGGGCAAAGAAGGAGGCACCAUCAAUAAUAUUUAUUGAUGAGAUAGAUGCUGUGGCCAAGAGCCGUGAUGGAAAAUUUCGCAUUGUUAGCAAUGAUGAACGGGAGCAAACUUUGAAUCAAUUGCUCACUGAAAUGGAUGGGUUUGAUAGCAAUUCUGCUGUGAUUGUUCUUGGUGCAACAAAUAGAUCAGAUGUCUUAGAUCCUGCACUUCGCCGACCAGGAAGAUUUGAUCGUGUUGUUAUGGUGGAAACGCCUGAUAGGAGUGGGAGAGAAGCCAUUUUAAAAGUGCAUGUUUCCAAGAAAGAACUUCCUCUUGCAGACAAUGUUGACCUUAGUGACAUUGCAUCUAUGACCACUGGUUUUACUGGCGCUGAUCUUGCAAAUCUGGUAAAUGAAGCUGCUUUAUUGGCAGGGAGGAAAAACAAAAUAGUAGUGGAGAAAGUCGAUUUCAUUCAUGCAGUCGAGCGAUCAAUAGCUGGCAUAGAGAAAAAGACUGCCAAGUUACAAGGAAGUGAGAAAGCUGUGGUUGCACGUCAUGAGGCUGGUCAUGCAGUUGUAGGCACUGCUGUUGCUAAUCUCCUUCCUGGACAACCACGAGUUGAGAAGUUGAGCAUAUUACCAAGAUCAGGAGGAGCAUUGGGCUUUACUUAUACACCUCCAACAAAUGAGGACAGAUAUUUGCUCUUCAUUGAUGAAUUACGUGGUCGCUUGGUUACUCUUCUUGGAGGACGUGCAGCAGAAGAAGUUGCAUAUUCUGGUCGUGUAUCAACAGGUGCACUGGAUGAUAUAAGACGAGCUACUGACAUGGCAUACAAGGCAGUAGCAGAAUAUGGUCUUAAUCAGACAAUAGGACCCAUAUCUCUAGCAACACUUUCUGGAGGUGGGAUGGAUGACUAUGGAGCUGCUCCAUGGGGAAGGGAUCAGGGCCAUCUUGUUGAUCUUGUUCAAAGAGAGGUGAAAGCAUUGUUGCAAUCUUCCCUGGAGGUAGCACUUUCAGUUAUUCGUGCUAAUCCUACUGUCUUGGAAGGGCUUGGUGCCCAUCUGGAAGAGAAUGAGAAAGUAGAAGGUGAGGAAUUGCAGGAGUGGUUAAAAUUGGUGGUUGCUCCAAAAGAGCUUUCAAUCUUUGUUAAAGGCAAGCAAGAGUCCCUUCUCCCAAUGCAGGCUGGCUUUUGAUAGCAAUGUUUGCACAUUCAGUGUGCCGAUGUUGAGCAAAAUGCGGAAUUAGCCUGUAGCUCUUCAUGCCCACACAACGUUGUGGUUGGCGUAGCCUCACCUUAUAAAAUUGUAAAUUUCACUGAGGUAAAUUUUUGCUCAUUUUGAUAUUAACAGCCUAAAACUACAAAAAGUCAGGGGGAAAGAGCUGAUGAUUUUACUUCUUCCAAAGCCUUAUCAGGUCUGUUGCCAUCUCAACAUUACCUUUGAUUCCUACAGGUUGGUCUGUGAAGUUGUUCUAUAUUGGCGAUAGAGUCGGUACAGUUUUCCAUUGUUGGCAUUUGUAACUGUUUAUUCAGCUGUAUACAUGAUUAUUUAAGUGAAAUAUAUAGUAUUUUAGAUAAUAUUGGUUUCCAAAAGGUGUUGUGCAAACAAACAUUGUGCAUAUUGUCACAGGAAUAUUACAUUGUACAUCUAUCUACAUGCUUUAGAUUCUUGGAUCAAA